AUUGCUUCUGCGUAGUUGUAAAGCGUAGUUAAAUACUUCCGCCGCGUCUGGAAUUUCCGCGUACGAAAAGUUCUCGCCAAGCACGAUUGAAUUUAGUUAUAUUUUACGCAGAAAUGUUUACUUAAUUUUGAACAAACGCACGAAUCCUCUUAUGCAUAGAAUUUUGUAGAAUAGGGCUGUUGUUUGGAAGACGUAUACCAUGUGAUAUCCACACUAUCAUUGGAGUGGGAGAAAAAUUAUGAUAAACGCGAACAUACUUUAAAACUAAUCCUGACAUACUGCUCGUUUAUUAAUCAGUUAUGAGGUGUGGUGUUACAUCCGUUUGAACUGAAUCUCGUAAUUUUCUCUUCACGAAUAUAAAAUGGAAGCUUUCCUCAAAAGUUACAACAAUUUCAAUGACAAGGUGUUUCGAAGCUUGACCGAUAACAAUAUACAGCAGAGAAAAAACGGCGGACUUGGACUAUGGCUUACACCAUUGGUUGGGCUCAGCGCCGCAAUCACAAUUCUGAGGGAAGACAGCAGCUAUUCGGAGAUAUGUUUACUUACAGGAAUAACUGGAAUAGGCCUCGUGAUGAGUUGCCUUUGCCUUAUUCUACGUUUAUCCACAGAAACAACGGCUGUUAAAGAUUUUCAAGUUUUAUAUUUCCUACCAGCAAUGUUGACAUCUGUAUUAUUUCUACUCUUUGGAGAGAAAGGAUUGCUUGUGAGUGUGACGUGGGGCUUAGGUGUUGGAACAUUUGGCACAUGGGGAAUCUUACAACUGAUGUCUCAUUUUCCUGGUUGUUUCACAAUUGGUGAAGCAUCAGCAGUGAUGCAAGCUGCUACUGUCUUUCUACUUUCCACAGCUGCCAAUCUACCUCUGAGAUAUCAUCUGCCUCCAAUACAUAAUCAAGAUAUCGCCACUGUCAUAUUACAAGUAGCCGUUUUGUUUGUAGCAACAGUUGCUAUCUUAUGUAAGGCAUUCCCGUCGUUACGCUCACCUGGACCAUUUUAUGCAAUAAGUUUUGGUAUUCUCCUGCUGGGAGCUGUUCCACUUUUACACUUGUUGCUUGAUCAAAGUCCACUUUUGUGGUUGUUGGGUUUUAUCUUCGAAAAAAUUGACAGGGUAUUCAUGGUGUUAUACUGGCUACUCUGUUUGGUACUGGGGAUGGGAGUGAUAUCCUAUCAAAUUUUGUGCAAUUCCAAAGCUACAACUUCAGCCAGAAAAUCAUUUCACGUGUUAGCUGUGAUGGUAUACAUUCCUGGAUUGAUCAGCGAACCAACCCUACUUUAUGUGGCCAGUGGUUUGAUAAUGGCCUUAUUUCUAAUGCUAGAGCUAAUGAGACUUUGUAAUCUACCACCGCUGAGUGAAGUUCUACAACGGGGCUUUUAUGUAUUUGGAGAUGAAAAAGAUACACUCAUAUCUUUGACACCGUUAUACUUGCUAGCAGGACUUUCAUUUCCUCUGUGGUCACCAACCAGCAAUCUGACUUUACUGUCUCUACUGAGCGGAGUAUUGAGUAUAGGCAUUGGUGAUACAGCAGCCAGUGUUAUUGGCAGCAAGUAUGGCAAACACAAAUGGUCAGGUUCAUUAAAAUCCGUGGAAGGAACAAUUGCUUGUAUUUGUAGCCAACUCUUUGUCAUGUAUAGUCUUGCAUCAUUUGGUUUUUUUGGUGAUUUCUGGCUGUUAUUACGUGCCACACUGGCUGUGAUUGCAGUUUCGUUUGUCGAAGCAUGGACAGAUCAAGUGGAUAAUUUGGUAUUGCCGAUUCUGACCUAUCUCGCGUUUAUUGUUUAAGAACAGCUAUGAAUGAUUUUGAACUUAAUUGUGACAAUCAUUUAGUAUUUCGUUCGAACACUCCAAAUUUCCAGGUACGAUCAACACUUAGCGAAGGGAUGUUCACAAAUACGAGACUAUUUGUAAUUAAUUCCCUCAUUUUUGAAUUAACAUCUAAUACCAAUAAGCUGUUGGCACAUAGGAAAUUAUUGCAAAGUCAUAAGUAUGUAAAUAUUAAAGUUUCUUUAUGAUUUUAUCAAAUUAUCUCCUACAGAAAAACUCGACAUGUCUGACCUAGUAACGACUAAUUCUGAUUAGUCGAAUGAAAUAAUAUAAAUCUAGCCAGUCAUCUUUUUUUUUUGUCAUUUCGAAGUUGUCCAUUAUUCCGAAUUCCAAAAAUUUAUAGUUUUUAUCGUUACGGAUGACAGUUAUACAUUUGUGCCAGGUUUUUCAAUGCACAAGUAUCCAAUUCAGUAUCUAAUUAUAGAUAUAAUAUUAUUCUAAGUGUUGUUACGUUUGGUUAUCACUGUCGUGAAUAUGUUUAAUCCAUAACUAUGAUGAAUGUUGCGUUAAGGCAUUGAAAUGUGUUUUAUAUUUCUGAGAUACCCAUUUGCAUUUCCAGAAUUACGCUCUUUUUUUAAAUUACUUGAUAUGUAAUAAUAUACCGUUUUUUACAGAAUAACAGAAA